CAGUGGGGAAGCCACCAGUGGAGGAGCGGGCAUAGACGGAAAGGAGGGAAAGAGAGACAGGAGAGAGAGACAGGAGACAGCGAGACAGGAGACAGCGAGACAGAUACGAGGCAGGAAGACAAGCCCCGAUAGAGAGCGUCUCAUCCCAGCUGACCGUUUGUUGGGCUACGGUAGACAAAUCCCGCCACUUGACAGCGGCAGAAUAGCCGGAGAGGAGAUGUGACUGGCCUUCUUCACACAUAGCUUAUUUCACAAUCAGCGGGCAGCACAGUACACACAGCCGCAGUUAUCCCUUCAUCCCCGGCCUUGUGGAUUUACACGCUGCGUUUAUCUAAAGGGAAGUCCUAUUGAUUCUGCUCUCCAUCAAGCCCACAGAUUACAAUGGAAAGGCCUUGAUCACAGCUAUGACAACACUGCAUCGGAAUAAAGUAGGACUAAAGUAGAAGAGUGACAGGAGUGACAGGAGUUUUUAUUUUCAGCUGUUACAUUUCAGUUAUUUUUGGGACAUCCAAUGCUUACAGAGUUUUCUGUGAUUCUAAGCAUGUAUUUUUAAUUUGCUUUGAUUUAUUCAUUUGAACCAGACACUCUUCUGUCUCUACGGUAUAAACAUCAUAUUCUGUAACCAUGUACGGUAGCUCCCGUUCCGUCUCCAAGCUGGAUGUUGUUGGUUCCAACGGUAACGGGUCGGUGUCUGGGAGCCCCGCGCGCUCCCCCCGCCUUCCCCGCUCCCCCCGCCUCGGACACCGGAGAAACAGCAGCAGCAGCUCCAGUGGACUCACAGGCUCCUGUAAGACCCUCUCCAUGGAGAAUAUUCAGUCUCUGAAUGCUGCCUACGCUACAGGGGGUCCGAUGUACUUCGCUGACACACUUGAUGAUCCAAUGGGCAUCGGCAGCCUGGGCAGCGGGCUGAACCCCUCUGUGCCCAAAAACACCAUGACGCUGGGCAGGGCGGGGGCCCGGGUGCCCUAUGGGAUCAGGGCGGCCGUCAUGGGGAGCAGCCCUAAUAUAAACACUGGGGGAGGGGGAGGGAUGAUGCCCAAUGAUGCGAUAUCAUUUGGGGGGGAAAUGCAAAACCAUCCCCCACAGGCGGCUACUGUGCCACACUCCAUGAGACAGGUGAGAGACGGUGCAAUGUCAGACCUACAGUCGCAGUUAAGAGAAGUUCUGAGAGAGAACGAACUACUGCGCAGAGAACUGGAGGCAAAAGAGUCCAAGCUGAGCUCCUCUAUGAACUCCAUCAAGACGUUUUGGAGUCCAGAGCUGAAGAAAGAGAGGGCGCUGAGGAAGGACGAAGUCACCAAGAUGGCCGUGUGGAAGGAGCAGUACAGGGUGGUGCAGGAUGAGACGCAG